AUGAGCGAUCCCAGUCUUGAGAAUUCUUCCGACAUGUCUGGCCGCAAGAUCUUUGAGCUCAUAAGCUCUGCUGCCGCCGAUGGAUCUGCAGCACGGCUUGGAAAGUUGUCUCUUCCCGGCAAAAAGGUCAUCGAAACACCAAACUUUUUCGCAGUCACAUCUCGCGGGGCAGUGCCUCAUCUCACUCCCGAUAACCUGAAGAGACACACAUCUGUAAGCGGCUUUUACAUGGCGCUGGAAGACUUUAUUGAGAAAAAGGAGCCUCCCAUUCUGCAAACUCCUGGAGGGGAGGGUUCACGUCGACUACACAGAUUUACAGCCCUGCCGUCAAACACCGUAACGAUGCUUGGUCCGCGACGAAACCCGGCGGUUACAACUCCGUUUGGGAACACGCCCAAGGCUCUCGCCGUCUUUACUUCCACCGGCUUUCGCAAUGUGACGGUGCCUGAGUUUACGACUACUGUCCAGGCGCUGCAGCCUGAUAUCGUGCUGCCAAUGGCCGACUUGCCUCACACCAGUGCGACACCCUCGUCUAAGAAGCUGGUGAGAAUGGUGGAACGGACGGAAGUGUGGCUGGACGAGUUCUUGGACAGGCUGGCCUCGUCCAAGUCUACGGCUUCUUUGGAUAGCUCUGUGUUUGCUCCAAUGCUUCCAGUCGAGUAUCCUAUCCAGUGGGACUAUCUUAGACAUCUAUCAGAGGAUGUGCUUGACAAAUUAGAUGGCCUGGCGGUUUACGAUGCAAAUCUGCUUCCCGAACUUGUCAACUACCCUCCUCUGACUCCGCUUCCCAAGUUAUGCAUGGAAUCUCCAAAGACCCCGCAGGAGGUCUUGCGUCAGGUUUCCCUUGGUAUCGAUAUCUGUGCAAUGUCAUUUGCAAAUAGCACUUCUGACGCUGGCGUCGCCAUGACAUUUUCUUUCCCACCGCCUAGUGUUGAUGAGGUACGGCCUCUCGGAACCAACAUGUGGUCUCCAGAACACAGUACAGCUGUUGUGCCCCUGGUAGAAGGCUGUCAAUGCUAUACUUGCUCGAAACACCACAGAGCCUACCUCCACCACCUGCUCAAUGCAAAGGAGAUGUUGGGCUGGAAUCUCCUGCAGAUCCACAACCAUCACGUCAUUAACGAAUUCUUCGCAGGCAUUCGCGAGGCUCUCACCAAAGGACAGGCGGUAUUCGAGGAAGAAGCGCGUCGCUUUACUGCUUCAUACGAGCCUGUGUUUCCCGAAGGCACUGGCGCAAGGCCUAGGGCAAGGGGAUACCACUUUAAGAGCGAGGCUAGCUCAGAUAGGAUCAACAAACCGGCUUGGAUAGAUUUAGAUAAGGAGGCGGCAUCUGCACAGAUUACGAGUCUCGCUGAAAGCAGUACACCUAGUGGGGAGAGUCAAGAUGCUACGCCGGUGGCGGUGGUUAAUGUGGAAGAAGCUGUUGCAACGUUGAGUAUAAAUUAG